GACAUCUGUCAAAAUCAUAGGUUAUGUAAUACUACAUAACACAAACUCAACCACUUACCUUUAAAAAUAAUUUUGGUUUAUUUGACUAGUAAUACGGUUAUCACAAAUUCAUAAUUUUCUUCAUUUUGGCUGGUGUUAAUAAAUCAUUUGUGCUAGUAAUUCACGCAUCGUAGUGGGCAUGACGUCACAGACUAGUGACGUUUAGGUUAAUUAUUGAUAGAAGUGACACUGACGUUUCUUUUGUUAUCUACCUUUGUUGUUAUUUGAAAAAUGUUUACAGAGAGGUGUAUAAAAGUAAUUAUAGGUGGGGACAAGGGCAAUACUGACUACGUAGGCUUGUAAUUAUGUAAACAAAACGUCUCAAAUACUCCAAAUAUGACCCAAAUCUUAGGUAACGAAAAGCAAGGACUAGUUUUCGAAAUAUUAUCAGCACGAAUAUGUGAUGAAGCAGAACAAAGAAAACAUGUAGUGUACACUUUGCAAGUGCGUCAUAUAUCGGGAAAUGACGAUUUGAGCCCUUCAGUGAUAGAAAGGCGAUACACUCAUUUCCUGAAUCUUUACAACGCCCUGAAGAAGGAACACCCGAAUUUAAUGACCAAUGUUAUUUUCCCUAAAAAAGUCAUAAUGGGAAACUUUGAUAAUGAGUUGAUUUCAACCAGAAGUACCGGUUUUGAGUCUUUGUUAAAUCACAUUUGCACUGAAUUAAAACUGCGCUCGUCUAAAGCUUUAGUCGAGUUUCUUCAAGAGGUUGAAUUGGAGAAAGCACGAAAUUUCCUCGAAAAACAAGACUUUUUUUCUGCUUUGCCACUACUCGAGAACAAUUUCAAAUUAUUAAACAAAUUUUAUACUGAUAGGUCGCCAGUCGUUCUUAUAGCUUUAUGUAGACUGCUAGGAUGCUGUAUGUCAAUUCCUCAGUGUUCACAAUGCCAAAAAUGGGCUGAUUUAGCCUUACAUAGAUAUGAAGGAGUUAGUGAUAGUGACUUAUUGGAGCUGUAUGUACCUUUAUUGAAUGCUUGCAUCGAAAUUUGGCGGCAGAGUGGAAGAAAUAAGGAUGCCCUUGAACAGCGCUUACAAAAUUUGAAAAGGCAAGGAGUCAAAUUUAAUUCGCAGUCAACUUUAUUAGAUGAAGUAAAAGCAGUGGAAGAAAAGAUAUUUGGGUUGUAACAAUUGACACACCAGUGUUGAGUACUUAACUAGCAUCACGUCACUUUUUAGAUACUGUUAUUAAUGUAUUUAUUUUAGAGUUUUAUUUAUUUGAUGACUGAUAUUUGUAAUGUUUAGCAAUAUUAUUGUUUUCUUGUUUUAUUCAUGUCUGAAUAUACAUCUUUUUUAUUAA